AGAAACCCAUGUGUGCACCUGCAAUUUAAAUGGCGGCGCUUCUGAAACGGGUACUGAGGCCCGGGAGACCCUCGGCGGCUUUGGGCUGCCCUUUGGGACGGCACGAGGCCAGCCUGGGAAGUGAUUCCGGGGUUGCGGUGCGAGUGCGGUUCGCCCCUAGCCCCACAGGUUUCUUGCAUCUGGGUGGCCUCCGCACUGCCCUGUACAAUUACAUCUUUGCCAAGAAACACCAAGGCAGCUUCAUCCUGAGACUGGAGGACACAGAUCAGACACGCCUUGUGCCUGGGGCAGCAGAGAACAUUGAGGACAUGCUGGAGUGGGCAGGUAUCUUUCCAGAUGAGAGCCCCCGCCAGGGAGGUCCUGCUGGACCCUACCAUCAAUCUCAGCGACUUGAGCUGUAUGGGCAAGCUGCAGAAGCCCUGCUGAAGACAGGAGCUGCUUACCACUGUUUCUGUUCCCCGCAGCGGCUGGCGCUCCUGAAGAAGGAGGCCUUGAGGAACCACCAGACGCCCCGGUAUGACAAUCGGUGCCGGCACCUGAGCCAGGAGCAGGUGACCCAGAAGCUUGCUGAGAACCCCCGGCCUGCUGUCCGCUUCCGCCUGGUGGAGGAGGCACCGGCUUUCCAGGACCUGGUGUAUGGCUGGAGUCGGCAUGAAGUGUCCAGUGUGGAGGGAGACCCAGUCAUCCUGAAGAGUGACGGCUUUCCCACGUACCACCUGGCCUGUGUGGUGGACGACCACCACAUGGGCAUUAGCCACGUGCUGCGGGGUUCUGAGUGGCUCAUCUCCACCUCCAAGCACCUGCUCAUCUACCAAGCCCUGGGAUGGCGACCACCUCACUUUGCCCACUUGCCCCUUCUGCUUAACAGGGAUGGCAGCAAGCUGUCCAAGCGGCAAGGUGACAUUUUCCUGGAGCAUUUUGCCACAGCCGGCUUCCUGCCAGAUGCCUUGCUUGACAUCAUCACCAACUGUGGCUCAGGGUUUGCAGAGAACCAGAUGGGCAGGACCUUGCCAGAGAUGAUAACACAGUUUGACCUGACCCGGAUCACGUGCCACUCAGCCCUGCUGGACCUGGAGAAGCUUCCAGAAUUUAACAGGCUGCACCUCCAGCGGCUGGUGGGCACUGAGGCCAAGAGGCGCCAGUUGGUGGAGAAGCUGCAGGCACUUGUGGAGGAGGUGUUUGGGAGCCAGCUGCCAGAUCGGGCUGUCCUCGACCCAGCGUAUGUGGAGAGGAUCAUCCUACUGAGACAGGGUCACAUCUGCCGCCUGCAGGACUUGGUCUCCCCAGUGUACUCCUACUUGUGGACUCGCCCUGCGGUGAGCCAAGCACAGUUGGGCGCCACCCCUGAGACGGCAAACGAGAUUGCCAGGCGGGUGUUGGGGCUUUUAGAAAGACCCGGUAUGAUCUUAACCCAGGAUGUUCUGAAUGGAGAACUGAAGAAGCUGUCAGAAGGUCUGGAAGGCAUCAAACACAGUAACAUGAUGAAACUCCUCCGAGUGGCCCUCAGUGGACAGCUGCAAGGACCCCCUGUGGCUGAGAUGAUGGUGUCCUUGGGACCAAAAGAAGUGCGGGAACGAAUAAAGAAGGCGCUUUCCAGCUAG